GCAGCAUGAGCGAGAGCACCGGCUGCGGGAGCACCAAUGACGAUGAGGAGAUGGAGCUGGGCGCAGGCACGGUGCCGCCCAUCUCUUCCAGCGCACCCAUCGACGACGGACAGUUUGCUGCCAAUAUAGAUCUCAGGUACGGAGGACAAUAUCUGACGCCGGAGCAGUUGCCAGAGUUCUGUGACCAGCUUCAUCACCUGGUCGAGGUUAUCAGAAACAUACAGUCUUAUGCGAAAGUCACGGGGGAGUAUCCAAGUAAACUAGAGCGCCGUUUGGAAGAGGAGGCGCGCGAGGUGUCAGCACUGGCGGCGGAGGCGCGCAACGCUCGGGAGGUGGUGGCUCGCGCGCACUCAGCGCCGGGCGGUGCGCGCGCAGAGGAAACAUCUCACCGCGCAUCUCGCCAGUCUGCGGGAGACUGGUAA